AUGGAUCGUUCAAUAGAAGUCACUUUCAGAGUAAAAACACAACAGGUUAUAAUACCAGAACAAAAUAUCCAGGAAAAUGAACUUCCUUUGCGUCGGUGGCAGAUGGAGCUCCUUAUGCUAGAUGCAGAAGGAAACGAAGUGGAGCCUACCAUCCUCUCCAAAUGCAUAUACCAUUUGCACCCUAGCUUUAAACAGCCCAGAAAACGACUGAAUUCGCUUCCAUUUCUUAUCAAGGAAACUGGCUGGGGAGAGUUUAAUCUAAAAAUAGAGUGCUUCUUCAUGGACAACGCUGGGAAGUUUAGCAUUGAACAUGAUUUAACGUUUGAGGAUGAUGCAUAUGCAGUUGAUUAUACCGUUAAUGUGCCUUAUGAAUUUUCACAUCUCAAUGGGGAGCUUUCCAAAUAUUUCGAUGUCCCGUGGAGAGUUGUGUCUCCAGAAGAGGAGAUGUCUCUCCGUAUGGCCGAUUUGCCCUGGGUUAAAAGUCUUGCGCUUAUAGAUGAGGACAUGAUGACGGACGUUGUUCAAAUGAUAUUGAAUGACCCAGCAGUACAGAAGGCAAUUGAAAAUCAUCCUAGGAGGGAGCGAUUUUUUAUGUUUAUAACACAACUACCGGACGAAUUGUUAACUAGAAUUCAGGCUUUUUUGAAAUUUUCAAAUAAUCGAUCCACUAGACAAGAGAUGGAAAAUCUUGCCUCAGACGCAACCAGUUUUCCAACUCGUAAAGAAGAGCCAAUACAGGUUCAUGAUAAGCGAAGUAGUUUUAAGCCAUUAUGA